UAUCCUCAUGAAGACAUGUCCGGGAUGAUUAUGACGCUAGGCCUUGUUUAAAUGAUAUGGUCUGCAUGUGGGCUUUCUUCCCCACCAAUUCUAGAUUGAUUCCUCUCGGUUUCUUCUCAAGAUAAUUAACUAGUUACUCUUAAUUUUAUAUUGUUGAUUACGCAACACCUCUCAUCCUAGAAUUCAAUUACCACCAAACAGCUUUUAAGGAGGAUUAUCAAGGAAAAUCCGCCGAAAUGGUAUAUUAUUUCACAUCAAAUGUGGUCAGCCCCGCCGCUUAUAUUUAUGUCGGCAAAGACAAGUUCGAGAACGAGGACCUAAUCAAGUAUGGCCUGGAGCAAGAUGUUUGGUUCCACGUCGACAAUCUUUCCAGCGCUCACGUCUACCUGCGCCUUCGUGAUGGAGAAUCCUGGGAAUCAAUCCCGGAAAAGCUUUUGGAGGAUUGCGCCCAAUUGACAAAAGCAAAUUCGAUAGAAGGGAAUAAAAAGGACAAUAUUACGGUUAUCUACACCCCGUGGUCGAAUCUCAUGAAAGACGGCUCCAUGGCCACGGGCCAGGUCUCUUUUCACAACAAUAAAAUGGUGCGAAAAGUCUUCGUUCGUCAACGCGAAAACCCUAUCGUCAACCGACUCAACAAGACUCGUGUCGAAAAAUUUCCCGACCUCAUGGCCGAGAAGGAGGAGCAUUUGAAGAAGAAGCGGAGGGAAGAAAGAAAAAUCUCGGACCAAAAGAAGGCACAAGAGAAGAAGGAGAAGAAGGAAAGAGAGCAAUUGAAGUGGCAAAAGGACCAUGCUUAUGAUGAUCUGUUCAGCGAAGAGAACAUGCUACAAAGCAGCAACCAGGACCGAGAUGCGGACUUCCUGGACGAUUUCAUGUGACUACGAUUUUUUGGGAUGAAAAAAGUAGUUGAUCAAGUUGGCAACGGAUUCAAUACCUUUUUAGAUAUAUUCACACCUUAUUCUAUAGAUAAAUAUCUCUGGUCGUGGGCGUAUCAUACAUUGUCUAGCUUUAUCUACUACAUACCUAGGAACCCAUACUGAACUAAGUGACCCACAAGAUACU